AUGGCGUCUUCACAACUAAAAUUAUCUUCUGGGGAUGCGUCUACGCUAAACCAGCCAGCAACAGCGCAAACUUUUUCAGAGCCUGGCACUCGAAACUCUACUACUUUUGGUGCUAUGACCACUGGUACAAACCAAGUUUCUACGCCAGGCUCAAACGCGACGCAACUAUUGAUGAACGAGAAUGGUGGGAAUAGCCAGUUUAUGUUAUUUGAUAAUAAAAGGCCAAACUACCUGGAUGUAUUAAAAGAAAAACUUGAAAAGGCAAACAAGACAUCUAUGAUAUACACUGUGAUCAUUACAGGCGAACUGGCCAAAAAAUUGGAUCGUGUAGAAUUUUCAUCGUAUUAUCAAAAGUUUUUUAAGCGACAGCAGUCGGAGAAUGAGCUGAUUACUGGAGUGCUGCUCAUCUAUCGCGAAUCGUUUGCUCACGUUCUCGAGGCCAGUCAAAAAGUGGUGUAUGCUUUUCUUCGAGACAUUGGCAGUCAACCCACAUUUGUGCCCAGAACUGACUUUACUGGCCUUAAUACGGACUCGAAACCCCAAGCAGAAGAUGUUAAUAUCGCAAUGAUGGUUAAUACAAAAGUAUUGUUGCUUUCAGACAAUACAUCGGAAAGAUCGUAUCCCUUUUGGGCUAGUAAAGUGAUUGAUAGCAAAGAGGAUUCGCUUGAAGUAGAUCCUUCCUUGUUUGCUGAUGAUGCCUUUCUAGACAAGAUUAUCUCGGAUACCUGCAUCGGACUACUUUCAGUAGGCACUCAGCUUUCUAGUUUAAACAAGAGUGAGCUCAAACAUGCGUUUGAAGAAAUCAGCGAAAGAUUCAAGGAUUACUUGCCACAUCAGAAUAUUUUGAAUGCCAUUACUGGCUGCUCAAAUAUCAUUUCAGUAGAUGGAUGGCUCAAGGCAUUUGAUAGUCCCAUGCAGUUGACUUUUGAAAGUGAAAUUGUAUGGCCCGCACCCAAAGCACUUGUUUUUUACAGCCAUAUUCACGUAAAAUGA